AAUUUAACCCUCUGUCUCUCUCUCAAAAAACCAUCUGAGGAACAGAGACACUGAAAAAACAGGAAAACUAACAUCAUAAUGUCGUGUUUCAGAGCAAACCCUCCUACAUUGUUUCUUCUUUUUCUUCUCUCUUUGUUUCUUUUCCGACCUGAAGUAGUUUCUGAAGCCUCAAUUUUCCCAACUUCACACAUCCAAGGGUAUCAUAAAAGUUUAGUUUUUGGGGAGAAAGAGCAGAGUGAAGUGUUGCCAUGGAGGAAGAUAGAAAGGAGGAACCUUGUAGAGGGAAGUGAAGGAGCCAACAACUCUUCUUUGAUUUUGGCUGAAAAGAGGACACAGAGGAAAGACCCUCUUAAUAAUUUUAACAAGUACACUGGUGGCUGGAAUAUCAGCAAUCAACACUAUUGGGCUUCUGUGGGUUUUACAGCGGCUCCAUUCUUUGUCAUUGCUGGAAUCUGGUUUGUGUUAUUCGCGCUAUGCUUGUUCGUCAUAUGCAUCCGUCAUUGUUGUUGUCAACUAGAUUCUUAUGGCUACUCUCGAAUAGCUUAUGCUCUAUCUCUUAUUUUCCUCAUACUCUUCACCAUUGCUGCAAUUGUUGGCUGUAUUGUGCUGUACAUCGGUCAAGGAAAAUUUCAUGCCAGUACAACGAACACACUGGAUUAUGCUGUUCAUAAGGCAGAUGUUACAGCUGAAAACCUUAGGAAUGUGUCGGAUUAUCUUUCUGCAGCUAAAACAAUUAGUGUGGAUUCAACUAUUCUAUCACCUGAUAUCCAAAAAAGCAUUGAUGAUGUUGACAAGAAGAUCAACGCUUCUGCUUCGACACUUUCCACUCAAACAGGUGAUAAUAAAGACAGAAUUCAACACGGUUUGGACCGCAUGAGAUUGGCUCUUGUCAUUGUCGCAGCUGUGAUGCUUUUUUUGGCAUUUCUUGGAUUCUUAUUCUCCAUUCUUGGAUUGCAGUUUCUGGUCUACACGCUGGUGAUCUUUGGGUGGAUUCUUGUUGCUGGCACAUUUAUUUUAUGUGGUGUAUUUAAUCUCCUCCACAAUGUUGCAGGAGAUUCAUGUGUUGCCAUGGACCAAUGGGUCCAGAAUCCCACUGCACAUACUGCGCUAGAUGACAUUCUGCCAUGUGUGGACAAUGCAACGGCCCAAGAGACCUUGUUACAAACCAAGAAUGUCACUCACCAACUUGUAAAUGUCGUGAAUGGCAUCAUCAAUACUGUUGCCAACCGUAAUUUCCCACCACAAUUGGCACCUUUAUAUUACAAUCAAUCUGGUCCAUUGGUGCCUGUUCUCUGCAAUCCAUUCCAUUCAAAUCUCUCAGAGCGUAUGUGUGCAUCUGGUGAAGUUAGCUUGCACAAUUCUUCAGAGGUUUGGAAGAAAUAUACCUGUAACGUAUCUACACCUUCCGGGAUAUGUACUACACCUGGGCGGCUGACCCCUCAAUUCUAUAGUCAGAUGUCAGCUGCGGUGAAUAUUAGUUAUGGUCUAUAUCGCUACGGUCCAUUCCUGGUUAAUUUGCAAGACUGCACUUUCGUGCGCGAUACAUUCACAGAUAUCAGUCAUGAUCAUUGCCCAGGUCUGCGCCGCUAUAGUCAAUGGAUCUACAUCGGAUUAGUAAUUGUAUCUGCAGCUGUGAUGCUGUCAUUGAUGUUUUGGGUGAUUUAUGCAAGAGAGAGAAGGCAUCGCGUUUAUACUAAACAGCACGAUGCUAGAGUGGAAGGCGUAAACAAGGGUCACUAGAACGUCACAAACGGACUUGUUUAUUUCCAAGUAACUUUCGUUGCAUUACUUUGUAUAUUAUGCUUGUUUUCCUUAGGUUUGAAUCCUUGUGAAAUACAGUAGACGUGCUUAAUCUUGUGCCUGCUAAUUGUUCAUCAAUGAAAUGUAUUUUUCCUAUUAAUCUAAAA